ACUGAUACUGGGCUGGCUGGGAGCUGAUACUGGGCUGUACUGGGCUGGCUGAGAGCUGAUACUGGACUAUACUGGAGUGACUUGGAGCAGAUACUGGACUAUACUGGAGUGGCUGGGGCCAUCAAGUUUUCCCAUGACAAAAGGCUAAUUUCAGUCCUUCCUCACUGGCCCAAGAUUGGGAGCUGGUACCAUCAGAACCCAUUUUGGCCACCUACCAGUUGGGAGUUUUCCCCAAUAAGAAAUCAAUUCUUGCUUUGUUGCCAGUGGUGGAACCUCCCCCCCAACAGGACCUCUUGCCAAACACCAUCACUGAACAUCUGGGCUUCCAAUUACCAGCCAUCAGUCAGAACCACUGACCCAAACCAAUGGGAAGCUACACCCCACUGAUGUAGGGCCCAGUUCUCCCAGUCAGAAGUGGAACUCUACACAAAUGGAUCUGGCUGGUCCCAACUGACAUCCAACACCAGUCACGGAGACCAUCAUCCACUGGAAACCAGUGAUCCAACAUCCUUCUCUUGUGUAGGGUCCUACCCAACCAAUGUAAAGGCUGGAAGCCUCUAUAGACUGGGGCACAGUUAUUGGUACUGGAUUCUUUUUCGGACCAGGACCUUUUUUCCAGGGCUGAGUUCUUGGUGCCCCUUCCUUGGGUGCAAUUCCGUCCCCAUUUUGCUGGGGGAGCUUGAAUGAGAAAAUCUAGAGGCUGUUGGACGCCCUUGGGUUCUUCAGUCGGAAUCUAUUGACUUUUCUAUCUUUGUUCCAAACGGACCUGAGUGUUUCCCUCAGCAGUUCUGCCACAGGCUGGGGCAUUAUGGAGUAGGAUGAAAGGUUGGUCUCACCCUCCUGUUCCCUGUAGCCAAUAACGUAGGUUUGGUGGCCAGGACCCAGGUCUGCAGAACUUCCCUGAGGAACCCUUCUGCUCCCAGACUGGGUCUCCUUACUGAUGAGUUCUGUGGUUAAUCUGAUGCUUCUGGACCCAGUGUUCUUCUCCGUCAUGCCCUCUCCUACGGACUCCAGCUUCUCCCUCACUGGCCGGACCUCUCGCAGUCUGUCUCAGAUCCGGCUCCACAGAACCUGGUCCCACGUCCUACUGGCCCUGGGGUUUGUGCAGCUCAUUCUGGGGGUAUUAAUCGUGACGUUUAGCCUGGUGGCUGCCACUAUUACCCCAUCCAUGAAGAUCAAGCACUCGUGUCCUUCCUGGGCUGGAUUCUCUCUGGCCGUAUCAGGACUGAUUGGCUGCAUUUCCUGGAGGAGGCCCCUGACGCUGAUGAUCACGUUAUUCACCCUGCUGACGGCGCUGUGCGUUAUGCUCAACCUGGCGGGAUCCAUCUUGUCCUGUCAGAAUGCUCAGCUGGUCAAGUCCCUGGACAAGUGCAGUAAAGAUAAUUACUGGUGUGUUUGCUGCCACCCAAUGUCCGAGGUGCAGAUGCCGACGUCCUGCCGGCGAGAUGUGGAGAUUCUCACCAUGUACCCAAAUUCUGAAUGUAACAGCAUCCGCAACGCCCUGAAGGACCUGUUGUUCAGUGUCUGUGGCCUCACCAUCCUAUCCACCAUCAUCUGCACAUUGUCCGCCGUCAUCUGCUGCAUUCAGGUCUUCUCAUUGGAUGUGAUCCAUGUCCUCGCGCCUCGAAGUGCCACCUCGGGCAACUUGGAGUGCAUUUCACCCCAGGACACCCUCUUGCAGAGUAUGAUAGAGUGCGAGGAGUUUGUCCCACCUGUGCCCCCGCCUCCCUAUUACCCCCCAGAAUACACCUGCAGCUCUGAGACGGAUGCACAGAGCAUCACUUAUAAUGGCUCAAUGGACAGCCCAAUCCCUCUCUACCCAACUGACUUCCCUCCCUCCUAUGAGAGCGUCAUGGGAAUCCGCGAGGACAGCCAGGCAACGUUGUUUGAUGCCCAGGUCAACGAGGUCUCGUGCCUGAGUGUGUCCGACAGAAUCGGUUCCACCGGUCACAGCGGCAAUGAAGACAGCAGUCCCUCUGAAGACUCGGUUCUCCUGGAGAUGCAGGGUUCCAUCCGUUCUGUGGACUAUGUUCUGUACCGGUCCAUCCAACGCAGCAGGGCAGAUUACUGUCUCAGUGUGGACUGUGGCCAGUGUGGGCACCAUCAGCAGAGCCCGACUCUCAGCCACCAGGGCCCAUUUGAGGAGAUCCCUUUGCCUCAUGCCAAGGGGGGCAGAUCCUUCUCAUGCUCCACGCCGAGUGCUGGUGAUGAUGUUCUGCCGAAUGUGGUUGGUGCCGUGGUGACUCGCAGCUGUAACCGCCUGGAGACCAUUGGCCGAUCUGUUGGUCCUUGUUUCCCGGAGGUGCGACUGAAAGCAAAGGUUUCUGGGAGGUCUGUACAAAGCAGGGGGUCCGGUUGCUCCCUCCAUCACAGCUCCCCCUGCCAGACACCCGACUGCCCCCACCGCAGGUACAGCGAGAACACAAGGCCGGCUGCCCUUUUCACAACGGUGCCACCGCGGCUCUUCAUCCGCUCCCAUAGCGACCCUGGCAUAAGCUCCUCCCUCAACACAGAUCUCAGUGAUGCCGGAUACAGCAAAGCGUUAGAGGACAAUGUGUCGCUGACGUCCAUCGAUACAGCAAUCUCGUCGGAGGCCUAUCUGUACCAGCACAGCCCCACUGACCCAUUCCCCCUGCUCCGUACAAGCUCAGCAGGGAAGACCCGGUGCCGCGGGAGCCGGAAACCAGUACAGCGACUCUCCAAAAGUGGCACCUUGUCCCUCGGGGACCUGAAGGGCGGGCGCAGCACCCGAGUCCUAGUGGCCCGAUUCCUGCAGCGAUCCAGGAGGAGCCUGAGGGAGGGGUCCGAGAGUCAGAGCCACAAACAGAUACCCAGGAGCCCGUUGGCAUCAGAGUGCCCGGAGGGCAUAUUCCUGCAGAGUUGUGGGGAUCUCACGUCUCCCUCUUCGUCCCUUCGCCGUCUCCUUUCCGCCAGUCGGAGGGGCCCCCCGCGCCCCCACAGCCUGAACACGGAGUAUAAGGAGAGCACAGUGUGAGGAGGGGCCCUACCCACGUACCAACCAGGGGGCGGCAAGAACUGUGCCCAACAUGAACGCAAUGCACUGUGCCAACCCCACGGGCAGAGCCUGGCACCCUCUGAUACAAGGCUGGCAGUGUGGCCAACGCCUGGGCUGUGAUGUUGGCAGCCACCAUAUUCUGAUGCCACUUCCCUGGCACACAGUUAUACCCAGUCGGUACCCUACAUGGAACUGCCCCCCGGGGGGCGUCACAGACAGAUGGACUGGGGGAACUCAUGUGAGGGAUCAAUGGCUCAUGUACCAACGAGUGCAAAGUGCCCAACUUGGCAGCAAACCACCCUGUUUUACCCACAAUGCCCCACUCUCCCCAGUUUGGGCAUGUUGGUCAGUUGCAGGGCACUGUUCCUAGGGUGGGCAGAAUUAAUAAUGGCAGUAGUGCCCCCCUGUGUCAGUGCCAGUCCAGGCUGCUGGUUCUCCCAGAACAGGGUGGCAGUACCAGUAUGUGACCCACCUUAGGGUGGCAGUACCAGUAUGUGACCCACCUUAGGGUGGCAGUACCAGUAUGUGACCCACCUUAGGGUGGCAGUACCAGUAUGUGACCCACCUUAGGGUGGCAGUACCAGUAUGUGACCCACCUUAGGGUGGCAGUACCAGUAUGUGACCCACCGUGGGCACCUUGCCCUCACAUUCAUACAGGAGCCUUUGGGAAUGCCCCCCUUUACUUUGCAUGUUCAUUUAUUGCUUUGCUGUCAGUCCCGCCUUGUGGGCAGAAAAGGGUUAACCACGGACUGAGAAACUGCAACAUCAUGUGGCCC